AGUUUCAGUUCAAAGCAGGAACAAAUUCACACCGAUACACACAAACACUGCUGUCAAAAAAAAAAAAGAAAGAGAAAAUCAAAUAAAAACAAGCUCUUUAUAGUAAAGGCUGCUUUUGCAGCCACUUAAGCCAGCAAAAAAAAAUAAAAAUAAAUGAAUAACUCACAAAAGACUAUUCAAAAACCAAAAACAGCAAGAUGAGUUUGACAGAGAUGAUGCGGGGCAAAUCGAUGCCAGUGGACAAGGAGAAUGACAUUAAACUGGCCCAACAUGAAUUUGCAACCGUUCGCAUAGUGCAAAUCGGAUGUGUGCUAAAUGUCCUGGCCGAGGCCAUCGAGCGGGUUAAGAUUUCGCUAAUCAUGCCGAAACUGCUGGAACAUCCAGGGCACAUGGCUAAGAUCCUGAAUGGAACCAAGUACGAAAGGGCAGUUCACCUGGUUGAAUCGUUUGUUCGUCGAAGAGAGUUCAUUCUGCGGGAGAAACGUCCGCCCCUGAUGGACCACGGCAUUAUCCAGAUCAUCGAUUUCUUCCAGCGGAACAGCCGGAUCUAUCUCCUGUUCCCCAGCUACUACAAUCACAUGGGUGAGAACGAGAAGAAGCUGCUGAAGGCCUUCGAGAUGCUCUAUGAUCUGGCCAAGGACCGCUUGUACAGGACCUCCACCGACGCCAUCGCCCAGGAGCGCCAGCUGCAUGCCAUGUACAAGCAGAACGAGGUGGUCAAGACGCAGGUGGAGGAGCUGCACCAGAAGAUCCAGGAUCAGAAGGCGGCCAUCAGGAAGCGCAUGGCCGAUAAGGAGGCCUACCUGCAGAACUACGAGGAUCUCCUCAUGAAGAAGAAGCGGGAGAAGAACGAGCGCAUCCAGAAGGAAAUCGAUCGGUGCACUCGUCUGGUGAAGGCCAAUAAAAAAUUAAGCUUAGAGCGACAAGCUGAUUUGGAAGAGCAGCUGCAGAAAACACGGAACAAUUACACUUUGACCACAAAUACGUAUUUAAAACAGGAGAAGAUCUUUCGAGAGGAAAAAAACAAGCUGCUUAUACAGCUACAAGCCCUCAUCAAGAAAUACGACCACAGCAUUGGCGAGAAGAUGAUCGAGAACAUGGAGCUCGCCGACGAGCACAAGAAGGCCAAGAAGGCUCUCGACGAAUAUAUGAUUGGAUUCCGAAAAGUUGAGCGCGUCUACAAGCAGAUCGUCGUGAAACGUGAGGAGGAGGAGGCCAGGCAGCGCCAGCAUCGCAUCCUUCUAUUUGCCAUGAACCGCGCAGCCAUCAAGAUCCAGAAAUACUGGAGAAAGUGGAAGAGACACAUGCGCAAGAAGAACAAGCGAAGCAAGAAGUGAAACCAUUUUGAAUAGUAAUCAAAAUUAUUAGUGAACAUCAAUUGCUGGUACUAAGUGGAGAACAUAAAAUUUAGGAAUUGAUUUUUUGAGACUA